AUGGCGCAGAAUCCCAUCACCCUGCCUGAGCCCUUCUCAACUAUCCCGCGCACUCCCCUCCUUCUCGGCCCCUCGCCGAUCCACGUCCUCCCCCGUAUCAGCGCCGAUCUCGCCCAGAACAGCCCCCAUCCGCCCGUCACCAUCUAUGCCAAGCGGGACGACCUCAACUCCGCCUAUGCGUAUGGAGGCAACAAGACCCGCAAGCUCGAGUAUCUCCUGGCGGAUGCCCUGGCGCAAGGCUGUGAUACGCUCGUUUCCAUUGGAGGCGUGCAGAGCAACCAUACCCGCCAGGUGGCGGCGGUGGCCGCGCGGACCGGGCUGAAAGCCAAGCUGGUGCAGGAGCAUUGGGUGGACUGGGUGGACAAGGGAUAUGACAGUGUGGGCAAUAUCCAGUUGUCCCGCUUGAUGGGCGCAGACGUGCGGCUGGAUCCGUCAGGAUUCGGCAUUGAGCAUAAGACCACGGCGCAGGCGGUGGUGGAGGAGUGCCAGGCGCAGGGCGACAAGCCGUACUAUAUCCCUGCCGGCGCCUCGGAUCACCCGCUCGGUGGGUUGGGGUUUGCCCGCUGGGCCUUUGAGGUGCGCCAGCAGGAACAGGAGCUGGGGGUCUUCUUCGACACGGUGCUGGUCUGCGCCGUCACGGGCUCGACCUUUGCCGGCAUGAUCGCGGGCUUCAAGCUGCUGGAGAAGCUUCACCCGACCGAUCCCAAGCGCAAGAUCAUUGGGAUCGAUGCAUCGGCCACGGUGGAGGCCACGCGUGCUCAGGUGCUCCGGAUUGCGCGCAACACGGCCGUCAUAAUUGGCCUGAGUGCAGAUGAGAUCACCGACGCCGAUGUCAUUCUCGACGACCGCUACCACGCGGGCAUCUACGGGAUUCCGGAUCGCCAGACCUGGGACGCCAUCGAGUAUGCCGCCAAGAUGGAGGCGUUCAUCACCGACCCAGUCUAUGAGGGAAAGAGCUUCGCGGGCAUGGUGGACAUGAUCCGUCGCGGGGAGAUCCAGGGCGGCAACGUGCUCUACGCGCACCUGGGAGGCCAGCUAGCCUUGAAUGCGUAUUCAGACCUUGGGAGGGUCAAGGAGUAG